AUGGCUAAAGCUCUAAGUCAUCCUGCAACACUUUUCAUAAUGUGGUUUGGGCCAGUUCCGGUGGUUUCCACCAGCGAUCCGAAUAUGAUUCAGAAAAUAUGCACUCAACCGGAAUUUUUGCAUAAGCCAUACAUGUACGAUUUUUUUAAAUUGGAUUAUGGACUUUUUUCAGCAAAAUAUCAUAUAUGGAAAAACCAGCGAAAGGCAUUGAAUCCAACGUUUAACAAAAAAAUUUUGGAUAGCUAUAUUCCAGACUUCGACAGGUGUGCCCAAAACUUAGUUCGAAAACUGUCGGUCUUCGCAGACAAGGAACCUGUGCAAAUGACAUUCUUCAUGUUACGGUGCACACUGGAAAUGGUUUGUGCCACUACCCUUGGGGUGGAUGUUAAUCAAAAUCCGAGCGUGGACAAACUUAUAGGCUUAAUUAUGACUUUGGUUCAUUUGUGUUCGAGGAGAAUCGUUCGCAUCCAUUAUCACUCGGAAAUGGUUUAUCGAUUAUUUUCGAAGGAAUACAGAGAGGAUAGCAGGCUCAGAAAGGAAGCCUACCAAAUAGGAAAUGAGGUUCUGCAAGAAGCCAUCAAUCGAAAAACUGCUCGACAAGCACGAGAAUCUGCCGCUGGAGGCAGUGCCAAAGACGAGGACGGCUACCGCAAAUCACAUAACUUCGUUGACCAGCUGCUGGAAGAGCUUGACGGAAGCAAACUGGAAACCAUCGAAAUUCUUCACAAUGUGUACACGAUUAUAGUGGCGGGUAGCGAUACGUCUGGAACGGAGUUGGGUAUAAUAUCGUUGAUGCUUGCGAUACACUCGGAGAUGCAGGAAAAAAUCUACGAAGAAAUUAUGUCGGUCUUUCCUGCAGGAACCGAUAUGGAUCUCAAUCCGGAAACGCUGCGCCAGUUAGUGUACACGGAAAUGUUUGUGAAAGAGUGUCUCCGACAUUUCCCGGUCGCUCCACACAUUUUCCGAACACCAAUGAAGGAUGUCGAACUGGAUGGUAAGCACAUACCGAAGGGCACCAUGCUGUGCAUUAGCAUGUACAACGCCCACCGAAGAAAGGAUAUUUGGGGUCCGAAUGCCGACAAGUUUGAUCCGGAAAAUUUUUCUGCGGAACGAAGCGAAGGAAGACAUCCGUUCGCGUUCAUGCCAUUCAGUGCCGGUGCCCGUAAUUGCCUUGGAUAUCGGUACGCUAUGAUUAGUUUGAAAGUUAUAGUGCUUCAUAUGGUGAGAAAUUUUAAGCUGAAAACACAUUUAAGAUACGAGGAUGUCCUUUUCAAAUUUGAUUGUCUUCUCAAACUUUCGAACGAACCGGCAAUCAAUCUAGAACGAAGAACCACCAUUGAGAAUAAUUCUUGAAACA